AUGAUUACCAUCGUUGGCUCGCUCAAUUACGACCUCGUCACUUAUACGGACAAGGUGCCCGACGCUGGCGAGACGUUUCAGGCCAACACCUUCGAAAACCACCUCGGUGGAAAGGGUCUCAACGAGAGCUUAGCAUGUGCGAGGCUUUCCAAGCUGGAAACUGUGAGAAUGGUUGGGAAUAUUGGCGCCGAUACUUUUGGCAAGGAAUUGAGACAGGCGCUUGUGGACGCUGGUGUUGAUACUAAACAUGUUGCUGUUUUGGACGGCUUCUCGUCCGGUGUGGCGGUCAUUUUGGUGGAGAGCUCUGGAGAGAACAGAAUCUUGAUCACCGCAGGAGCCAAUGGAGAGUUGAAGCCCACGGAGGCAAACUACCAAGAGUAUUUCAAGGACUCCAAGGACGGCGAUUUUGUCGUUUUGCAAAACGAGUACCCGGACACAACCAAGACAAUUGACUGGGUCAAGCAGCACAGACCCCAAAUCAACAUCGCCUACAACCCAUCCCCAUUCAAGGAGCUUCUGCCCGAGACUUUGGCCAAAAUCGACCUACUCAUUGUCAACGAGGGUGAGGCAUUGGACGUUGGAGCUCAGGUUUUCACCGGAGCCGACUUGGACGAUUUUAAGGCCACAAUCGCAUCAGACGAGGUCGACGGUUUUGGCCGUUUGGCCCGCAAGCUCCAGGGAAUGAUUGAUCAGACAAACGUGUCUUCCGUGAUCAUUACUAUGGGCAGCAAAGGUAGCAUUUCAGCGUCCAAGACGGAAGAGCCUGCGUUCACAGCAUCGAAGAAGGUUGAGAAAGUCAUUGACACUACAGGCGCCGGAGACACGUUUUUUGGCGGUGUUGUUGUCAAGCUUAGCGAGGGCGCUAAAUUGCAAGACGCUGUUGAGUUUGCUACAAGAGCCAGUGCUUUGGCAAUCCAGAAGAAGGGUGCCGCUGAGGGUAUUCCAGGUUACCAGGAGGUGGAGGCCCUGUUUUAG